AAACGUCUAUGUCACUUACUUUGCUAGCCACAAAUCCAUAUAAUAGCCUAUAGACACUAUUAAAACGUUUAUUCAGCACUCGCCAUUUACUUUUCCACCAGAAUUCUCCGGCAGAUGCCCAAGAUGCGGUUCGCGGACAUCGCAGUGAAUCUCACGGAUCCCAUGUUUCAAGGCAAAUAUGGCGGACGAAAGAAACAUGAAGCCGAUGUUAAGGCCGUUAUCGAGAGAGCUAAGGCCAAGGGCGUUGAAAAGAUUCUAAUUACCGGCACGAGCUUGAAGGAGUCCAAAGAUGCAUUGGAGAUGGCUAAGGAGUUUGAUCUGCAGUGCUCUGCCGGUGUUCACCCAACUUCGACCUGCGAAAUGGAUAAGCACCCUUGUGGUGCUGAAGGAUAUCUCAAGGAGUUGACCGAUCUCAUCGAUCAAGACCUUGGCGAAGGAGGUUCCAAAAGAAUUAUAUCUAUUGGUGAAAUAGGUCUAGAUUACGACAGGCUUCACUAUUCCCCUCAAAAAACUCAGCUUGCCCAUCUUCCAGAACUCCUCCUUCUCCAAAAGAAGUAUCGACUCCCUCUCUUUCUGCACUCUCGAACAAGUGGGUCACAUACUGAUCUCAUGAGGAUAAUGAAGGAGAUUGGCUGGACCACCGAAUGGGGAGGAGGUGUCGCCCAUAGUUUUACGGGGACUGCGGAGGAGAUGACGGAGCUGGUGAACAUGGGCCUUCACAUUGGCGUGAAUGGCUGCUCUCUCAAGACGGCUGACAAUCUCGAAGUCAUCAAGCAAAUACCUCUUGACAGGCUUCUAUUGGAGACCGAUGCUCCCUGGUGCACUCCCACAGCAUCUCACGCUUCUGCCGCCUACGUCCCUCCCAAAGACUCCCAUCUAGCUGUUCAAAAAGUCAGCAAAGCUGAUAAGUGGAAGGAGGGGUUGGGUGUAAAGGGAAGAAUGGAACCUGCCGAGAUUGGCAUAAUUGCCCAUGUUGUUGCCUCUGUCAAAGGAAUACCCAUAGAGGAGUUGGCCGAGCAAAUAUGGCAAAACACAAUCAAGCUCUUCUAUCCCCAUGAGAUUAACAGAUCACGAUAGACGUUAGAUGUAUAGAUAAUAGACAGCAAGCAAUAGUUGUAUGGUAAAACACGUGGGUACAUGUCUAAGACCUUGGCUUGCCAACCGCAACUCAUACUAUGAAUAAGUACCAAAACUAGAUGCUAAGGGGUAUAAAAUGUACAGGGUAUGAUUAUGUCCAAUACAAAAGGUUACAGUUUCAAGAUCCGCCUCCAUCUAUCCGUUCCACUUGCCCCCACCUCCCUUAAUCCGGGUUUACAUUGCCAAGCCUAAUCCUCUCUUUCCCUUGGGCGGAUCCUCUAAAACAAAACUGGCUACACUUCCCAAACUCAGACUGCUUUUUAUUCCUUCUCCUGGACCGCCCAUAUUCACACUCAAAGUAGCAUCUUUCGUAGUACUUCCGCUAUUGCUCAUGCUGGGGACAGGCUUUCUUCUCACACUACGUGGGCUGGCGGGGCUAGCUGGGGUAGUGGGUGUUUGAGGUUGAUGAGGAAAGUGUGACGGUUGACGAGGGGUAGCGUGAGGCAAGGAGCCCUGCCUUGAAUGGACGGCCUGUAUAGAAUGCGACGGUAAUAUUGCGCUCUCGGGCAGUGUUGAUGCCAACGAUCCGCUCCUGGUAUGUCUGAAUGUUGACGGAAUCGGGCUUGAAAUUUCCGAUAUUUGAAUCGGCCCGUCAUGCGAUGGAUGGCGUCUACCAUGCCCAGGCUUGGACGAGGAGGAAUCUUCGUUGCGACGGAAGGCAAAGGUAGGGUGGAGGAUACGGCUGGCGAAUUUACUGGCCACCUUGGGUGGUAAUGGAAGGCUGGACGAGCGUGAUUCAUUUUCAGGUGAAAGAUGAUCAGCAUCUUCAGAAAGGAUACCAAACUCGGCAGGCGAAGUCAAACCAGCACCGCUGGGCGCAGCGGGCGAUGUCAUUUGACCUUGGCUGGAUUCGGAUCGCCAUUUGAGAUUUACAGCACUCAUCUGGUGCCUCAAACCCUUCAGCGCACCAACCCCACUCCUCUUCCUCCCAUCUUCUUGGCCUGGAGACAUAAACGAUCUUGUCGAAGGGCUUGCCCGGCCAGUUGGUGGGGGUGAGCGAGGAGAUUUGAGAAUAUCAACAUACUCGUCCGGCAAAGCGUGAGACAGAGUUCCAUUCUGCUCAAGCCUUGGGCUAGGUGGUCGAGCGGGACGGCGAGGAACCCAUUCUCGACUUUCGGCUGGCUUGGAAGGUUCGUUGGCUUCCUCCAUACGCUUAAGAGUCUCCGAGGAGGGCGACUGAUUGGUACGAGGUGCAGAGAAGUUGGGGUGAUGGAAAAAUGAAGAAAGAUUAGAAUCGUUAAGCGAGGCGGGGGAAUGGCGGGGCAACGUGGGCCAAGCGUCUUGACGGUUUUGGGGCGUAGGUCGCCCGUCUUCCAUUUCUUCAUCUCGUGAUGACAUACUUUCGCGUGUCUCAUACGUCUCAUGGGUCUCCUCAUCUCCAUAAUCGGACCCGGAAUCUGAAUUAACGUCCAUGCUGGGUGUUCGCAACUCUGCCACAGGUGCUAAUGGACUUCGACCCAAAUCCCUUGCGUUUGACAUCUUGGGAAGAUCUUCAUUAAUGUCGUGACUAGCGAUUCUUUGGGCGGUACGAGGCGUCAUAUAUCGUGGUGACGUCAAGUGGAUCUCCCGAGGAGAAAGUCGUCUCAUAACUGUCACAAAUUAGCAUUGUUUUAAAAAAUCUAAGGAGAGCUUUGCUCUUACUCUUUUCAAGAUCAUCGAGCUGUUCUGACAUGACUAAUCCACUCCACCUCUUAUCCAAAACCUCCUGGACUCUUCUUACAACAGGACUCGGCCCAAUGUCCGGACUGCGCUCAUUGCUCCAACCCAGCUGGAUAGGGCUCUGCAAAAGGUCUUCACGUUUGACCCCUUGCGCAUCGAGUAAUUUGACCACAUUUGAGAUCUCUGCGUCGUGUUCGAGUACGGUAUCUGACUCUUGACCAGUACUUGUACUUUGCGACUCGUCCUCCUCAAGGAACAUGUACUCAGAAACAGGCUCAUUUGAGGGAGCAGGACUAGGAACUCUUGCGGCUUCCAACUCUUUGAGGAAUUGUGGUUUUUGUUCCUGCUCGUUCUCAGUUGCCUCCAUUUUUUUGACUAAACCCAGCUCCUUCUUCCCACUCUCGAGUGCCUCCUCUUCCCUCAAAGAUUUCUUCCAUCUUCUACCGCCGCCCUUCUUUUUCCAUGAUUCGUACCAUGUAGCUUCUUCGAGAUCAAUGUCAAACUCUAUGGUGCCAACGAUCGGGUUUGUGAAGGGUGACAUUGAUGGUGUGGAUGGGGUGAGAGGCAUGAGGGGUGUUGAUGCAAGGGGGAUGUCUGUGACGGUAGAGUCCAUGGAAUGACCCGUUUUAUGAGAGACAGGAGCAAGAGUAGACAACGACAAGCUUUGUUUAUGUCCUUUCGGCGCAGCUUUUGCAAAAUUUCCACGCUGGCCAAGGGGACUAGUAAAGAAUGGCACUUCCCUUUCUCCAUUCUUGACAGGCGUUUGGUAAGGCGUAGGCGCACGUGAAGUGUUACUAGCGGCAGAACUUUGGACUAGGUAGGUUGAGAAGAGGGUUGACCAAGUUUGACUCGAUACACGAGGGCCAUCGGGCUCGUCGUCGCUCUCCUCUCCCCUGUCCGAAAAAGUAGGAGGAUCGGAGCUUCUGGGUAGGGAGCCAAGAGAGUUGAGGACGAGAUAUACGUGAAUUCCGCUUGUUGAUGGCAGACCAUAUUCUCGCGCGAUACACAGCAACAUCCCACCCAAUGUAGGUUGGAGGGGCAUUAAAGUGCCUCUACGCCAUUUUCUCUCUCGUUUUCUAAUUUCUAGGGGAGUAAGUGCAACAGCCGCGGUUGGUAGAAGCAUUAAAGGUGGUAUGACCGAUAGUAGAAAAGGCGAAUGGCGCUGUGCGUGAUAAGAUGACCGCAAAGGAGAUUGUCUUUCUAUUUGAGAUGUUGAUGGCGACAACGAGACUUCGCAAGGAGCUGAGGACACUGGAGUCGGCGGUGGAUGGGGAAGACUGGGAACAACGAUACCAAACGUGCCGGCUAUUCGGGCUAGCUGGUAGGGAGUUAAUGGUUUUUUUGGUGGUGGAUAAGACGGUUUUGCCCGAUAUUCAUCUUGAAGAGUUCCUGUCUCAACUUCAUCUUCACCUUCAUCAACGAAGAUUUCAGGCGCUUUUUUUCCACCGAUGCUGUUGUUCCCUUUUUCCUCCUCGUUACUCAAAUUUUCAGCCGGUGGGGAAUCACCAUCGCUGACCUCUGUGCCCUCGCCGGUCUCCGUAUAAUGGCUUUGCAGCGAAUAGACCGAAGGAUGAGAGUCUGAGCUUGGUAGAUUUGACGAUUCCGGGCUGGAUGAUGUUGAGAAGACGGGUUCUGGUUGGGGAACCAUGGCUACUAUGAGGAGGAAUUAGAUAGAUACUAGGUGGUGGAAGAUAUUAUUAGUUGCUAGAGAUGGGACGAACGUGUGGAGAACUUGCCAGAGUAGCUCGACGCGCUGACUUUCGAUAGAAGAGAGGAGAUGAG